UUAUAUUCGAAUUGCAGAAAUUGCUGGGAAAUAUCUUCGGUUUCUCUGUUUAUAAUGUCUUCCAUAAAAUACCAGAUUUUGCUUUCGUUUUUCUGAUCAAUCCGUACGUGUCUAAUCUCGGCAGAAAUUGCAAAACCACAACCGAUCUGUCAAGAGCUAAGACCAUUCUGUAUCGAUUUUCCAUGGGUAGAAAGAAGUUUUCUCAGGUAGUAGAGUCCCUUUUUCUAGCAAUCCUCCUGUGUGGAGCUCUUACACAAGUAGGGUGCUUUAAUUUUUCAAGCUUUCCUGUUGAAACCGAUAAAGAACUCAUUCUGAGCAAACACUCACGUCUUUUCUUAGAUUCUAUCCAAGUUACACCUGAUGUUAUUGGAGAGAAUCUCGCAAAUUUUUCCGGACGUGUCUUUUACAAGAAGCCAUUCAGAUUGUGGAGCAAGAGCAAAGGUGUCACGGCAUCUUUCAACACCACGUUUGUGCUUAGAAUAAAUCCAGUGACAUCUCCAGGCGGUGAAGGCUUGGCCUUUAUAUUAACUGCAGAUACCACUCUUCCAGAGGCCAGCCAAGGGCAAUGGCUUGGGAUCGUAAACGCGACUACAAAUGGAUCAUCUCAAGCUGAAGUGGUAGCCGUUGAAUUUGACACCAGAAAGAGCUAUCCAGAAGAUCUCGAUGAAAACCACGUUGGCUUGGAUGUGAACAGCAUCUACUCGAUCGAACAAGUAUCUUUAACGGGCUAUGGAGUCGAUCUUUCUUCAAAUUCUAAUGUAAGGGCACGGGUUGAGUAUGAUGGCAAAACCAAAUACAUCGUUGUUUCCAUCAGUAAUGCGACGGGAGAGCUCAAGCCAGUAAUUUCCCUGCCUCUUAAUCUCUCUGACCAUCUUCCAGAGAGGGUUUCUGUGGGGUUCUCUGCUUCAACAGGUAUUUACACUGAACUGAACUGCAUAAGAUCAUGGGAAUUCUCAAUGGAAGAUAUUGGCGAUGAAAAUCAGGAGCGGUUAUGGGUCUGGAUCACAGUUCCGGCAGUAGUAGUACUGCUCUUGAUUGGGAUUUUGGUUUACUUGUAUUUGCAAAGAAAACGCCGAGAGCGACCAGAAGAUGCAUAUCCAAGGAUCGAAGACCAGAUCGAAGGGUCCUCUGUGGGUCCACGGAAAUUCAAACUAAAAGAUCUGAGAAAAGCAACAGGCAACUUUAACCCGAGAAACAAGCUCGGAAAAGGAGGCUUUGGAACAGUCUACAAGGGAUUCUUGGCAAAUAAGCUGGAGGUAGCUGUCAAGAGAGUCUCAAAGGAUUCGAGUCAAGGUAAGCAAGAAUUUAUAGCAGAAGUCACAACCAUCGGUAGCCUCCAUCACAAAAAUCUUGUGAAAUUGAUUGGAUGGUGCUAUGAAAGGCGUGAGCUCCUCCUUGUGUACGAGUUCAUGCCAAAUGGUAGCCUGGACAAGUUCAUAUAUGGUGAUGAGAAUUUAGGCAUGGGGGAACAAAAUCUCAGCUGGGAGAAAAGGCACAUCAUAAUAUAUGGGGUAGCUCAAGCGCUGGAUUAUCUUCAUAAUGGAUGUGCAAAGAGAGUGCUGCAUCGCGACAUAAAACCCAGCAACAUAAUGUUAGACUCGGACUUCAAUGCAAGGCUGGGAGAUUUCGGACUCGCACGCACCGUUCAACAAAGCGGAAAAACUCACCACACAACAAAAGAAAUUGCAGGAACGCCGGGUUAUAUGGCUCCAGAAACUUUUCUUGUUGGUAGAGCAACUGUUGAAACAGAUAUUUAUGCAUUUGGUGUUCUUGUCCUAGAAGUUGUCUGUGGAAGAAAGCCUGGAAAACAGAAUGAGGACAAUGAUUACAACAACGGCAUCGUGUAUUGGCUAUGGGAACUUCACAAGAGAGAAGGGAUCCUUGAUGCAGUUGAUCCCAGAUUGGACGGGAAAUUUGACGAGGAAGGAAUGAAGCGGAUGCUUGUAUUGGGGUUGGCUUGCUGCCAUCCAAAUCCACAUCACAGACCCUCCAUGAAAAUAGUUUUGCAGGUAAUCAUAGGGGAAGCGCCUUUGCCACCGGUGCCUAAUGAAAGACCUGCUUUUGUGUGGCCUGCCAUGCCCCCAUCAUUCAAACAGGACGCGGAUGAUGUCUCUCUUAUUGGAAGCCAACUCAGUCCAUUCACACAACUCGCUGGGAGAUGAAUCAUGCCAAGCUUUAGACUCACCAUACUCCUUUCAACAAUCUCCACAAACUCAUUGUCAUUCAUCACCUGGCAUGCCUCAAUGGCCGCCAUAAUACAUCUCCCUUUCCUGCUCAAACUUAUCCUGAAUUUCUGGAAUCCCCUUGUUCUCUACUAUGAAGGCACUAUCAUCCAACGAACACCCACCCUGGCCACUCUGUUAUUUCUGUCUUGUAAAUAGGUCCCAAGUUUUCAUGUAAGAAAAACAAGGUCAUAGUAGGUCAAUUUGAUGUUCAAUUCUGAAUGCAAUGACCCUGUCGUUUUA